AUAAACCUAGCCACAACUUUAGUAAUCUACCCAACUCUGUUUAUAGGAACGAUCAUCACACUACUCAGCUCUCAUUGACUACUAAUAUGAAUCGGCCUAGAAAUAAGCAUACUAGCGGUCAUCCCUAUCCUCAUAGGUAAAGCAAACCCACGAUCCACAGAAGCAGCAACAAAGUACUUCAUAACACAAGCAACUGCAUCCAUAGCCCUCCUCAUAUCUAUCCUACUCACAGUAAUACACUCAGGACAGUGGACAAUCAUCUACACCAACAACCAGACAACCUCUUUAAUUAUAACCUUAGCCCUGCUUAUAAAACUAGGCCUCGCACCGUUCCACUUCUGAGUACCAGAAGUAACACAAGGAGUGUGUCUAAAAUCAGGAAUAAUCUUACUAACAUGACAAAAAAUCGCGCCCUUAUCCAUCCUAUUUCAAAUCUCCCCGGUGAUCAACCAAUCCCUAACCCUUACCUCAGCAAUUAUAUCAAUCUUACUAGGAGGCUGAGGAGGGCUAAACCAAACACAAUUACGAAAAAUCCUAGCAUAUUCAUCAAUUGCCCACAUGGGAUGAAUACUAGCAGCACUAAUCUACAACCCAUCAAUUAUACUAUUCAACCUCAUCAUUUACAUCGUGCUCACCUUAUCAAUAUUCCUCACCUUAUCCAUCAACAACAACUCAACAACCCUCUCCCUUUCCCUUGCCUGAAGCUCCUCACCAUUAAUCAUUAUCAUUAUUCUCCUCCCACUACUAUCUUUAGGAGGCCUCCCACCCCUAACUGGAUUUUCCCCUAAAUGAGUUAUUAUCCAAGAAAUAGUGAAAAAUAAUAAUAUUAUCCUCCCCACAUUCAUAUCUAUCACAGCCCUACUCAGCCUCUACUUCUACCUUCAACUAACCUACUCAACAUCCCUAACCCUAUUCCCUUCCACAAACAACACGAAAACCAAAUGACACUUCCAACCUACAAAAAAAAUCAUCGCUCUACCAUCAUUAAUCACCCUAUCAACCCUACUCAUCCCACUAACUCCCUCUAUAAUCAUCCUAAACUAA